UAAAAAAUCCGCUUAGUGCGAUAACUCUUUAAAAAUAAUCGUUUUAUCGAUUACAAGUCCGCUGUUUAGUUUGCUAAACUUCCAUCGCCAAGACACAAAUGUAAAUUUAUAGACAAAAAUUAAUAAAUACUCAACUAAAAGAGAUUAACCAAUGGCAGACGAUCCAAACAAACCCUCCACAUCGUCAAAAGCAGACGAAGCUCCUCUGUUUCCACCCGCCAAACCUGGAAAACGAGUAGAUUAUGGUACAAACAACACAUUGGAGCUGCUGGAGAGGAUUCCCAGCCAGGUGGUGGAUCUCAAGCUGGACGAUGUGCUCACAGCUGUUAAAGAGGUGGAUAACCUUUGCGACUUUCCCCGCUGCAAGACCAAGACGAGCCUGAUGGGCCAGGAUUGUCAGCAAUGCAAAAAGAGAUUCUGCUUCAAGCACGGACUGCCAGAGGUCCACGGUUGUGGUGAGGAAAUUAAGCGAGAUGAGCGCAAGAAGUUCCUGCAUCCCAAACCCUUAAAAACCGUGCGCCAGGAGGAGGAUGUCAAGAAUGCGAAAAAGCGAUUGGAUGCCAAGCUCAAGGACAUGCAAUUGGGACGCACACAAAAGGCUACUGGCGGAGGAUCAAAGAAAAACAAAGGAAAAUAGUUGCUAGUUUUAGUUUUUUAAAACAAGGUGAUGAAGAAAAUCUAAGUGGUUAACGCUAGUUGUUUGUUCGUUUUUGGAUGCAUAAACAAAUUCGAAAUUCAUGUGGAUUUCCAUUUUGUCGUUGGAAAUGUAUUUUGUAAUAAGACCACAACAUUUUGUACAAGCAAAAUAUGAGUUUCGAAUAUAUCAUACACUUCUAUGAAAUUUAAAAAUAAUAUUUCCAAUACUUAUUAAGGGAAAAGGUUUGCUCAAGACCCUUUACCUUAUUAAUAAAUAUUAA